ACAACAAUAAAAUAUAACAAACAACGACUUACCAAGAAUCGGUAUACACAUUAAUACACUAUAGGUAUAGCCCGGUCCAUCUAUUGUAAACUAUAUCCUGAUAUUCCAAAUGACGUCUUAUACAGUUACUAUAUUAUGUCCAGUGACAAUAAUAUCGGGUCGGGUCUAUCGAUAUCUUUAGGGUCCGAGACUCCGAGAACCACUGUGCCCAUCAAUAUACCAAACAAAAAAUUCUUCAAAACCAGUUUUUUUCCUAUAUCCCGUCACAUUGUUAGUAAGAUAUACUUUUUACAUUUUAUGUACCCACGUGUUAUUUUAUUACGGUAGGUAGUAUCCAUUAGUCACAGUUUGGUGAGCAAAAUUAUUUUACACUGCAUUUAUACUGUAUUCCAAAUUCCCGUUAGGGUUGUUAUAUUUAAAACACAAUGUUCUUAACAACUUGUUUUAAACGUUUUGUUCGUUGUUUAAAACGAAUAAAACAUAUGUUUAAAACAGUGUAAAAUCCAAGUGAAUAUUGUGUUGUUUUUUUUUUUGGUUAGUUAUAAACAAUAAAUAAUAAAAGAUAUCUCUUUUUUUUUUUAUUUAGAAAAAUAUAUUUACAAUCUAUUUUACAAUAAUCAGUAAGUAUGAUGACAAAGUUUAUAUAACAUUAUAAAAUUUUCGAAUAGGAAGACCCUCAGUAGUGUCACCUGACCAGAGAUUACAUUAAGUUAUUGUUUAAUUUAUUGAUAUCUCUUUAAGAAAAAAAGUUAAAGUAUUAAAUAAUUAUAUUUAUUACCAACCUUCAAUUUAAUUUUUUUUAUUAUUGAAUAAAUUACCAAAUUUAAAAUGUUUUUACCUAAUAGUUAAUAUAUACAUAAUAUAAUGUCUACAUAAAACAUGAGUUCAGAAAAUAUUUCAAAUACAUUUCAAAUACUUUUAAGAUUGAAAAUAAAUAAACAGUGAAACAUAUUAUACUAGUACACCGGUACACGGCAUAUUGGCAUAUCAGUAAAUUGCAUAUUAAAUUAAAAUUAAGUUAUUUUAAAUUGUUUAAAACUAAAAAAAUAUAUUUUUAACAUCGCUUUAAACGGAAAAAAAAAUUACAAAAAUUACAAAAACACACCAAUGCACCAUUCCGAUGCAUUCAAUAGUCACAUCAAAUACAUUGAGCAAAAGUCCUAUUCAAAUCCUGAGUUUUAUUUCAGUACCUAGGUAUAGACUAUAGACUAUACAUAGACUAUACGUAUUACUGUAUUAGUUAUACUUAAUUAGUAACUCAGAAUUUCACAUAUAGUCAUAUAGGUAUAAUAGUUACCUAUAUUUUAAUAGGUGACGCCAAUUCAUACCAUUUCAUACCUUUCGAAACCGUACAUAUAUAAUAUAACCCAAGGAGCUCUUGAAAGUCUCGAUAAAUAAGAUCAACAUGAAUAGUCAUUAUAAUAUUCAGAAAUACAAAUUAUAAAUUACAGUCAGAUAUCAUUAUAUUUUAUUUCAUUUAUAGGUUCUAGCACUUAUAGGAAGAUAUUGAAUCGUUGAAUAGGGGUCGUGCCCAUCUUUUGCUACGCCACUCCUUGAAUCCGGGUCUGCCAUGAAAUUAAUUUUAAGAGCAUUUAUAUCAUAUUGAGGAGCACAUUUUAUCAGCCGUAUACCCUCCGAACAUUAGUCUAUGCAUGCCUAUGGUUAAUUUCAAAGAUAUAUACUUAGCGUCUCAAUAUUGACAUAAAUUAGUAAUUUCCUACAGUAGUAAAGUUGGUAUUUUUAUUCUAUACGACUAUACCUAUGUCAACAAAUUUCUUUUACUGAUUAAUCCCUAAUUUAUAUAAUUACUAAUUAGGUACCAAAUACAACAGCCACCAUAAUAUAGAAAUAAGUUAAAAAUAUUAGACCAGUACGUCGUUGAAUGUUGUGAGUUGGUAAAUAUUAUAGGUAUUAGUAAUAACAUGGACCUAUAAAGAAAUUUAUUGAUAAUAAAUAGGGAGGUCAAUGGGGCCCAACAUUGUUAGAAAAAUAUAGCGUAAAACUUAAGACCUUAUACUUUAUUAGCUUAUUUCUAUAUUAACAGCGUCAGACAAAAAGAUGUUCAACAAUAAAAAUAACGACAUUUUUCGGAAAAGAUAGCAUACACUUUAGGUCACAGCUAGGUAUUAAAUAUAAUCUAGUUUCCAGUGCUGCGUUCAAAAUAAAAACUAAAAAGGUAUAAUAUAUACUAAUUGCGUCACAGGUGACGCACGUAUUGCGCGUCCCCCAUACUCAGCUAUAGGUUUCGAAUGGCCAACAUUGUUAGAAAGGGCCUUAUUACUCCGUUAGGUUAGGUCUAUUAUUGUCUAUGAGUCAUAAAGAAUGAUAAUAUGUCGGCAAUGAAUUCAUUGGAGCCCGUAGCGAACAGCUUUGACGCAAAACAAUUUGGUAUCCCCCUCCACAGAAAUAUUAUCAAAUGUCCACCAUUGGAUGGGUCUGGAUUAAAAUUGUACUUAUGACCUCCACUAAUGUUUUAUUAUUUACAGAAGUUGUUAGUUUGUAAAUAAUACUAUAUAUUAUAUCCAGUUACUUAUCUGUACACAAAUAUGCAGACUGAAGGUGAUUAAAUAACAAUUAACCUAUACAUUUGUUUUUAGGCCUAAGUGAUUUCGAAGUUUGAACCGUCUUUUAUCAAAUAUUAAUGGGUAACUGUCGUGUACAUUCGUUGUAUCAACAUUCGUUGUAUGUUUACAGUAGGUACAGUAUAGGACUGUAGUAGGUACGAGUGUGUGACAUCUAACAACGUCAGUACGGCAUUAUGGCUUCCAAAUUUAGUUUUACUUCACCUGAAGUUGAAAAACUCGUGCAUUUUGUACAGGGUAAUCCGGUUUUGUACUACACAUUAGAUGCCAAUUACAAAAAUAUAUCUUUGAGAGAUAGUAUCUGGAAAGAAAUAUCACCUGAGAUUGAAGAAUCUGUUGACAGUAUAAAACAAAUAUGGGAAAAUAUUAGAGAUUCAUAUUCAAAAAUAAUUACAAGAAAACCAAAAACAGGAUCAGCUCUCAAAAUAAAACAUAAUUGGACAUUAAGGCAUCGUCUACAUUUUUUAUACCAGGACAUCGUACGUGAUCAAUGUUUGACUUCCAAUACGGCCAUAACUGAAAUGCAUGAUCAUUAUAUAUUUAACAAAGAAGAAGGACUCGACGAUAUGUCCAAUAAAACAGAAGACAGGCCAACUGAAACAUUUAUUAAAAAUCGUUGUAUCUCUACGUUGAACCAGAUUGAAAAAAAUGUACUGAGAAAUUUGAACAAACUAAGUACACAAAAUCAACAAAUACAAACAGAAAAUGAACAAUUUUCGACGGAGGAAGUAAACCAAUUGGAUGAUAUGGAUAUGUUUUUUCAAAGUUUAUCAUUAAAAGCUAAACAAUUUCCAACCAAUGGAAGAAUUGAAAUAAAAAUGAAAAUAAGUACAUUAAUGAAUGAAUUGCAAGAAAAGUAUUUAGUUCACACACCACCCCUCCGUCCACAGCUGAUGCAACCCAUCUACCUUAACCUUUUUACAAAUGCUCAAAUGCCAUCAGAACAAAAUGAAUUCUCGUCUUCGUCAUCGAUUCAAUCAUGUAUAUCAACAUUGCCAAGCUUACAUUCAAAUUCAGAAUUUUCUAACUCUGAGUCCAGUGAUGAUUCAAAUUCAUCCGUUUAAUAAAAAGUAUUCUUCCAAAAUAAAAAAAUAUUCCAGUUUAUACUAAUAUUUGACAACAAAAACACAUAAAAUUAGGUACUCAGAAAACUUAUCAUAAUCAGCAUAAUCGUAAUUAAUAUAAUUAAAUCAUAAGCAUACACUUCAUGGGAAGCAAACUCAUUGCACUCGAACAGAUAUAUGGUUUACUGGAUCAUAUGUCUAAACUAGAAUAUGAUUCAUUCCUCUUCGUAGUUCUUAUAAAGUUUAGACUCUAAACUAACUAAUCACAAUAUAAUCAUAAUAGUGACUAAGACUUAUGAUUGGAAACUUUUCGUUGUAGUCCGAUCUCUAUGCUUAUAUACCUUUUAAUAUUUUCUACACACCACUUCUCAAUGAUACGGAUCCAAAGCCAUAUAGGAAUCCAAGUCAGCGUCAUAGCCAGUAGAUAUUCAUGAAAAUAAAGCUAUUUACUCACCAGACUCCUCUUUAAAUUCAUAUUUCACUCACUCCAAGACUAAAGAAAAAAACACAAAAUACUUCAACACAUAUUUAAUUAUUUACAACAACAGUGGUCAAACCAACAAACAAAUUUCGAAGAAAUUAAAAACCUAAUACAAUACAACCUACAGACAUUCCCUACUUUUAUCUUAUCAAUCUGUCGGGAAGUUAUAAUUAAUAGUUGGUUUUCGAAUCGGAAACAAAUUAUGGUUGACGCACAAACAUGUUAUGCAAAAUACGGAACCAGAUAAGUGUCAAACUAACGGAGAAGCUUUGACCGUCAAACGCUUAUUAUAGUCCGCAACCACUUUCAAAUAUGCAUAAUGACAACAAAAUAAAGCUAAAAAUACAAUUCAUAUGAAUAACUAGGACCCGAUGAACACAAUAUUUUCCACGUUUUUAAACUCUUAAAAUUGUACUGGAUUAAGGUGUACAAUUUUAAGUACAAUUAAUCUGUAAUAUUUAUCUGUGAUUUAAUUGUAAUUCAACAUAUCUAAAUAAAUAAUUUAACAUUAGCAAUAAAACAGUUAAAUCUGUAUUAUUUAAUAUUAAUGCCUAUUAGGUACUAAAAAUAUAUUAUUUAUUACUUAAUUUAUUUUAUUUAAUAAAUAGUUAUAUUUUAAAUAUAUAUCUUCAUUAUAUUUUUAUAGUAUAAGUAUUUAAUAUUUAUUAAAGGGACUACUGCAGUCAUUAAAAU